AUGACGCUAAAACGAAGUACUAUGCUGCUGGCAGUCAUAUUUGCUGCUGUAGCAGGAACCUUGGCUGAUUCGAGCAAUACCUACAGUAGUUACCGACUACCCAAAUCAAUUUCGCCCGAGCAUUACAAUCUACGUGUUUACACACAUCUUGGCGAUGAGCGUGGAUUCGUCUUUCACGGCCAUGUUGCGAUUCGGUUUCUAUGCCACGAGGAUACGGACAGUGUUGUUUUGCAUUCGAAAAAUCUAACCCUGCUCGAACGGCAAGUUUCGUUGCGUGAAGUAAGCAGCGAUGCGCCACAAAAGGCCUUGCCCGAAAUCGACGUAAAGAGCGUAGAGUAUGUAACGCAGCACGAUUAUGCCGUGUUUCAUGUAAGCACACCGCUGAAAAAGGGUGCUCGGUACGAGCUUACCAUCCCGUUCGAGAGUAACCUCGGCACCGGUUUGCUCGGCUACUACCGAAGCAGCUAUCUGGACAAGCGCACCAAACAAAAGAUCUGGCUGGCAGUGACACAGUUCGAGCCAACGUAUGCGCGCCAAGCGUUCCCGUGCUUCGAUGAGCCCGAAAUGAAGGCAACGUUUAACAUAUCCUUGGCACACCACAAGCGAUACGUUGCGCUAAGCAAUAUGCCAGUAAACCGCACAGUGCCGGUGGAUAAUAUGGCGGACUGGGUGUUGGACGAGUUUAACACGACCGUGCCAAUGUCUACGUAUUUGGUGGCGUACACCGUGAACGAUUUCGAAUAUCGCGAAGCAACGACAACGGAACCGGGCGAUGUGGUGUUUAAAAUUUGGGCCCGCCGGGAUGCGAUCGAUCAGGUCGAUUAUGCGCGCGACAUAGGCCCUAGGGUUACGCGAUUCUAUGAAGAUUACUUCCAUCAAAAAUUCCCGCUGCCCAAGAUCGACAUGAUCGCUAUACCCGAUUUCGCUUCGGGCGCGAUGGAAAACUGGGGUCUCAUCACGUACCGCGAGACAGCGCUGCUCUACCAUCCGAACAUCUCCACUGCCAGCAAUAAGCAUCGCGUUGCGUCGGUCAUUGCGCACGAGCUCGCGCACCAGUGGUUUGGCAACCUCGUCACGAUGCGCUGGUGGACAGAUUUGUGGCUAAACGAGGGCUUUGCGACGUACGUCGCUAGUCUCGGGGUGGACUAUUUGCAUCCCGAGUGGUAUUCGCUCGAGGAGGAGUCCGUAUCGAACACGCUGGAUAUUUUCAAAUUUGACGCGCUGCAGUCGAGCCACCCCAUAUCGGUAGAAAUUGGCCACCCGAAUCAGAUAUCGCAAAUCUUCGAUGCCAUCUCCUACGAGAAGGGUUCGAUCGUCAUACGCAUGAUGCACCUGUUUCUGACCGAGGAAACGUUCCGCGAUGGCGUGAGUCGAUAUCUGCGACGGCACGCUUACGGCAACGCGGAACAGGACAACCUGUGGGAGGCCCUAACGGAGGAGGCGCACGCGAACGGUGUGCUGCCCGAUUUUAUCGACGUGAAGAAGGUGAUGGAUUCGUGGACACUGCAAACAGGCUAUCCAAUCAUCACCGUCACACGCAACUACGACGCAAACUCGGCCGAAAUCACGCAAACACGCUUCGUAUCAUCGGAGGUACCGGCGGAACAAAACGUGACGGAUUACUGUUGGUGGAUACCCUUAACGUACACCACCGCCAAGGAGCUAGAUUUCAACGAUACGCUGCCGAAGGGUUGGAUGGAAUGUCACAACGCGAGCGGCAAUGAAAAGCAGGUGAAAAUUAUGGACGAUUUGCCGGAUUCCGAGCACUGGGUGAUAUUUAACAUCCAGCUAGCGGGACUGUAUAAGGUCAGGUACGAUAAGGCUAACUAUCGGUUGAUUAUCGCUCAGCUGAACGGGCCGAGCUACGAUGCGAUCGGUCUGCUGAACCGUGCACAAUUAAUCGACGAUGCAAUGGAUCUCGCCUGGACCGGGCAACAAAAUUACGGCAUUGCUUUCGCCAUGAUCAACUACCUUCGGCAGGAAGCGGAGUACAUUCCAUGGAAGUCGGCGCUUACGAAUCUGAACAGCUUGAACAGAAUACUUAAGCGUACGCCACUGUACGACAUUUUCAAGAGCUACGUCCAGUACAUACUGGAGCCGAUCUACGAACGAUUAGAGGUAUUUAACACGACUAGAAAAUCGACCGACCGACUAGAUGCAAUCAAACAAUUAACGUUGAUUGCCUCCUGGGCGUGCCGGUUCGAGGUAGGCGACUGUGUUAAUCGGUCCGUGGAGCUGUUUGCCCGCUGGAUGAACGAAUCCAACCCGGACGCAAACAACCCGGUCCCGAUAGAUUUGCGGCCAGUAGUUUACUGUAACGCGAUACGCCAGGGCAACGACACGCAGUGGAACUUCCUGUGGCGUCGCUACCUGCAAAGUAACGUCGGUGCGGAAAAGAUCAUGAUCAUCGGUUCGCUGGCCUGCACGCGUCAGCUCUGGCUGGUCGAACGGUUCCUGCUGUGGUCGCUCAACAGCACCUCCGGUGUGCGCAAGCAGGACGCAACGAUCCUGUUCAGCAGCGUUUCCCGCAACGAUGCAGGCUUCAACGCAGCGAAAAACUUUUUCCUAACCCGUGCGGAUGAGAUUUAUGAUUACUUGAGCCCGGACACUUCGCGGCUGUCGCGCUAUAUUAAACCGCUCGCGGAACAAAUGUUCUCUGCCCAGGAGGUACAGGAACUGAACGAAUUGAUAAAGAAAAAGACAGCACUGUUCGAGAAGGCAAACCAAGGCGUGAAGCAAGCGCUGGAAACGGCACAAACGAACAAUAAGUGGGCUGAGACUAAUAUCAACAAGAUGGAACGCUUACUGCCGAUGUUAACUUCUCGUUCCGCCUCGGACCAUCUGCUAAAUUUAAUAGAUAACUUCUAA